CCCCCGAGACAUAGCUCAGAAGUCAUUGCCAACAAAAUAUAUUAGAUCUAUAUUUUAUGCAGCGAUCACGAAAAUUUACCGAGCCCUCGUUACUUUAUGUAAGCGGCUUCACCUUCUGUCAAAAUGGCGGCCCAAAAAUCAAAGAUUGCAAGUGAAAUUGAUGACACAAACAUCAGACUGGAGGAUCAACAACAGAUCAAUACUUUCGCUCGUAAGAAUGCUAAGAUGACCGAACUGAAGGAUGAAAUCGCAGAGAAAAAGAAAGAUCUUCAGAAUUUGGAGGAUGCAAGUGAUGAUCUGCUUAUGGUGGAUGAUGAGUCUGAGCUUAUUCCAUAUAAAGUAGGAGAAGUCUUUGUCAACCUCACAGUAGAAGAAACCCAAGAAUUCAUAUCAAAAGCUAAGGAACAGAUUGAAGCAGAAAUCAAGAGCAAUGAAGCACAAUGUAAUGAAAUUAAAGAACUCUUGGACAGUCUCAAAGUUAAAUUGUAUGCUAAAUUUGGAAAGAAUAUCAACUUAGAAGCAGAUGAGGAGUAGUAUAUUUCAAGAAAUUGCACUUUGAGUUUUUUUUCAGCAGACUUACAGUAGAUGAGAACCAGGCAAGCGCUCCCAUCUUAUGGAUAAAGCUGAGAUGAUCAUCACCAUGUAUUGUUAUUUAUCUUGAAUAAAUUGUAGUGUGAUGUUAAAUAA